GAUGGACUCAACGCUACUGUGGUUGUCCUCAAAAUCGGUACUAACAAUUUAUUCGACAAUACUGAGGAGGACAUAGCCCAUGGAGUGAGGGAGGUCCUUUAUCAACUGUUGUGUCGACAGCCAAACGCCAAGAUAAUCUUAUUGGGGAUUAUCCCACGCGAUGGUAAACUUGAUGAGAAGGUCCACACCAUUAACGCCAUUAUCGGUGACUAUAAAGACGACAAAACAAUAUUCUAUUUGGAUAUGAAUUCCCACUUCGAGACCGCGUCAGGAGUUGAGAUACCGGACCUCUAUCUGGAAGAUAAAGUGCAUCUGACUCUUAAGGGUUAUCAAGUCUGGCACGACGUUAUGGAACCACUGUUCAGUAAAUUGUUGGGACAGUAG